AUGACCAGCAUACUAACCGCGCCGGGCAAGUACCGUUCGCGGAAGGACUACAGCACCGGCUCAAUUCCGACGUUAGUAUCACUGGACGAAGAAUCUAGUCUCUCGACAACGACAACGACCUCGGUGUGCAGCGAUAGCGUGUUACUGCACAGCUUACGGACGACCGGCAGUUCUGGCACUACCUCCACCAAUGGCAGCAACGGGAGCAGUAGUAAUAGCAGCAACAGCACUAUGAACAUCAAAAAUGGACUCACCACAAAGCCCCCGCGGCGUAGUUCGCUAGGUUUGGCCCUGCUCGGCGGUGGUUCGCGCAGUUCCAAUGGUACAGAAAAAAGCAACAAGCGACGCAGCUCGAUCGCGGUCGUUUUUCUUGGCGGUGGUCGCAAAGACUCCAAAUCGUCCUCCCUGUCGGCGUCCGGUGCGGGUAACGGCCAUCACAAUCACAACGGCCACUCGAUCAGUACCAUACCGGAGAAAUACAUCAAGACGGGUGAAUCAGAUAUCGAAAACGAUUCACCCAACACGGAUACGUUCGUGAUGCUGGGUGAAGCUGGUUCGAAUGCCGCUCACCAUCAGCAGCAGGACUCCUACGGUGCUGCCGGCAGUUCGCUAGGAUAUGACAAGAAGCGCCGGCGCUCAUCCUCCUGGCAAACUAAACUUGAACGGCGACGCCGCAAGGGCAUGAUGGCGUCACUCGAUGGCAGCGACACCAUGCAGCAAGACUCGGCCAGUUUCAGCAGCUUUGGCUCGGUGCACGGUCUCGAUUCGUCACCGUACGGUCCGGGCAAAUAUGGACGGGAAAAACGUCACUCUUGGUGGAACAUCUUCGUGCCGGAUAAUCUUAAACAAAGGACACGUAGGGCUAGUCAGGACGUGAUACUGUCCAAAAGCUCCGACACUCUCAGUAGCCCACCAUACCGAAGGAGCAAAUCCAGGAGCGUCGAUCAUGGACUGGCCGCACCGUUCGAUCUAGACUCGCUGCGCUCGAAGGUUGAAGGCAGAUUUGAAAGCAUCGAUCGACUAUCAAAAGAUGGCGAAAAGAAGCGUUCGAUGCCCACGAUACCUACAAUUACGUAUACAGUAAAGGACCGGGACACACUAACCUCCGUGGCUGCCCGUUUCGAUACGACACCGUCAGAAUUGACCCAACUCAACCGUUUGGCCAGUUCGUUCAUCUACUCCGGUCAGCAGUUGCUCGUACCGGACAAAAAUGCCAAAGCGAGCGCCGAUGGUGAAUCCGACACUAGCACGGAACGUUCCUCCAACAGUCCCACCGAUGGCCGCCGUAAGGGCUCGCAGGAAGAUCUGUCUCAGGACGAAAAGGAUUUGCUGGAAGGACUUCGCCCGGGGUCACCAAAACCCGGUCAUAUCGAGCGUGUUGCGUCACCGAACACACAAAGUGGCGGUGGCGCUGGUGGUGGUGGAGGAGGAGGUGGUACGACCGGAAAUACAGUCGGUGGCGAUGAGGACGAUCCUGUGACUAUCCAGCGUUUCUUAAAGAUCAACGUACGGCACAUCACCGAUGGUCAAGGAGUAGUAGGUGGGGUACUGCUUGUCACCCCCAACGCCGUCAUGUUUGAUCCGAAUGUGUCGGAUCCACUAGUCAUCGAGCACGGUCCGGAAAGCUACGGUGUCAUUGCACCGAUGGAGUUUAUCGUGAAUGCGGCCAUAUUUAACGAUAUUGCACACAUGCGCGUGCAGGGUGCGGCCGGCGGCAAUGAAACAGCCGAGAAGGCUGAAAUUUAUCACCCUGUGCCGGUGGAGAAACCAUGUUCACGCUGUGACACUCAUUCACCCGGUAAAGAUUCGCUGCUCGUUAAGGACGAAACGUUCCCGGAGCUGGGAGUUGGAUCGGUUGAGGGAUGCGACGAUCAGGAAUCGAUCUGCUCUAGUAACGAGCGGGACGGUGACGCUUUUCCGAAGGCAUUCGAGCGCGAUCUCGUGACACCGAAUAACCUGCAGCGUUUGCAUGGUGAUUCGACCGAAAGUGGCGGUAGCUCGGUGGAACCGAAACCGCCAUCUACAGAGCCACCCAUGUUCCUGUCGUACGAUCGUGAUUCGUCGCAGUCUCACACGCCCAAUUCCCUCGACCACAGUACCGGUGCUUCAAACGAGCAACAGCAGAAGCAGGCAGGCGAUAAGACUGACCAAAACAAGACCAACAAUAUCUUAGAGGAUCCCACCAUGCGCUCCCUGGAGGAGCGACGGAGAAGUCUACUGGACCAGCACUGGGCAAUCCCCAGCAAGGACAGAUUAAAAUGUUAUUGCGAUCAAUCAUCAUCUCGAAGAUCUCUGGACGACGAAGAGGCUGCCAGUACAGGAAGCGGCACAACGGCAGCAUCUUCCUCGACUGCUGGUGCUAGCUCCAUUGGUGGUAUGGGAAGCGCAGGUGGACAUCACGUUGUAAUUCCACCAAUUGCUGAAGCUGCUGGCGGUGAUGGUCAGCUAGUAAAGCAAUCGUGUCAUGAUUCGGGCAUCGACAUCCGUGACCCGGCCCACGGUUCAUCGCUGACGACGGGCGGUGGAACCACAGGGGGUAGUGGUAGCAGUGCGGCUAGCUCAGUCGCUAGCAUACCAAUAGUGGCACCAAUUGCAACGAAGAAGGUCUACAGCGAUGCGGACAUCGUAUUGAGCGCGGACUGGGUUCCGCCACUGACCAUUGCACCGACACAUUUGCACGACACUUCACCAAGAAGUAGUAGCUCGCUAGUGUCCUCCUCACAUCAGAGCACCUUGUCAACGUUGACAUCUGAUGCAGGCGGACGGAAGAAAACAUCCAGUGUGAGCUUCAGCGUAGACGAACACGAUCCUCAUGGUGCUACCGUUCCGGCCGGUUCCGGAUCACUUGACAAAGGUGGCGAAACGAAAAAGAAUAAGAUGCUGAAGCGACUGUCCUACCCACUAGCAUGGGUUGAAGGAUUGACGGGUGAAGGAGGCAACAGCAGUCACAAGUCGGAUUCAAUUGAAUCAGCCCCGAACACUGGUGACUCUAACCAGAGUGUCUUUUCAAAAGUAUUUUCCAGCUCACCCAUCACAUUGGUUUCGGAGCUGGGUGGAAAUUUGUUUUUGUCCAAAACGCCAUCGGAAGACUCCGGAGGCUCACCUGUUCCACCACUGACACCGCACGAAGCGCAAGCAGGGGGGCCGGUUGCGGCCGGACGAUCAUCCAUCGGUACAUUCAUUCGCCAGCAUCCCUCUGAGGGUAGUGCGAAUAAGCAGAAGCCGGCACCACCAAAACUGGACUACCGUUCGAUGGUGUCCAUCGACGACAUGCCAACACUGUUUGUCAGCUUUGACAUGAAGGCCCCAUUGUUUCCUCAGCUUGAGAAACUUGAACUUAUUCCACGACCGGCCCGUGCCUGCCCGGACCCACCGAUGUACCUUCGGUUGCGCAUGGGACGCAAGAUCGGCAAGAACACUCCCCUUCCGACGACGGUAAUGUCCUACGGCAAAAACAAGCUACGUCCUGAGUAUUGGUUUAGCAUUCCAAAAAAUAAGGUUGAUGAAUUGUAUCGCUUCUUGAAUGCCUGGGUGCAACAUCUGUAUGGCGAGCUGGAUGAGGCCGCCAUUAAGGAACGUGGUUUCGAACUCAUCCAGAUGGAUACUGAAUGGGCAGCAAAAACUGGCAGCCCGUCGAAGGACGGUCGUUCCGCCAGUGAAGGCGAAAUCUCCGAGUACACACGCGAGUCAUGGGAGCUGCUAAAGGCUCCGUUCGUUAAAACCUACAACAUAAUCAAAAGUCAAACUGGAUCUAACGAUUUGGACGGUUGUGAGGUUCUGUCUAUGAGCACAGAUGACUACAGAAAAGCGACCCUGUUUGCGUCUGGUUCGUUCGAUCAGGACUUCCAGAUUCCGGACCUCAUUGGACAAACGGAGAUCCUCAGCGAGGAGCAUAGGGAAAAGCUUUGUGCUCAUCUGCCGGCACGUGCUGAAGGAUACUCCUGGUCACUCGUGUUCAGCACCUCACAGCACGGUUUUUCGCUGAACUCUCUCUACCGAAAGAUGCACAAGCUAGAGAGCCCCAUACUGAUCGUGAUAGAAGAUACGGACCAUAAUGUGUUUGGUGCGCUAACAUCCUGCUCACUGCAUGUGUCGGACCAUUUCUACGGCACAGGUGAAUCGCUGCUGUACAAAUUUAAUCCACACUUCAAAGUGUUCCAUUGGAGCGGCGAGAAUCUGUAUUUCAUCAAGGGCAACCCGGAAAGCUUGGCGAUCGGUGCCGGAGAUGGAAAAUUUGGCCUUUGGCUGGACGGGGACCUGAACCAGGGUCGAUCGCAGCACUGCAGUACAUACUCGAACGAGCCGCUGGCACCGCAGGAAGAUUUCGUCAUCAAAACGCUCGAAUGUUGGGCCUUUGUUUAA